AUGAAUGCACUGUGCAGCCACGUAAUCGUCUCAGGCAUCACAAUUCUUGCACCGGUCAACUCUCCCAACACUGAUGGGAUCGAUCCAGACUCAUCCUCCAAUGUCCGCAUUGAGGACUGCUACAUAGUCUCAGGCGAUGACUGCAUCGCCAUUAAAAGCGGUUGGGAUGAGUACGGGAUUGCAUUCAACAUGUCAAGCAAACACAUAGUGAUCAGACGGCUCACCUGCAUCUCCCCCACGAGCGCUGUCAUCGCCCUGGGAAGCGAGAUGUCGGGAGGAAUCCAAGAUGUCCGGGCCGAAGACAUCACGGCCAUCCACUCCGAAUCCGGCGUCAGGAUCAAGACGACCAUCGGAAGGGGAGCUUACGUGAAGGACAUAUUCGUGAGAAGAAUGAAUCUGCACACAAUGAAGUGGGUCUUCUGGAUGACGGGCACCUACGGGCAGCACCCGGACGACAAAUUUGAUCCGAAAGCCAUUCCGGUGGUGCAGAAUAUCAGUUACAGCAACGUGGUGGCCGAGAACGUGACCAUGGCCGCGAAGCUGGAGGGGAUUCCCGGCGCGCCCUUCACCGGAAUAUGCAUCUACAAUGUGACGGCGGAGGUGGUGAAGUCGAAGAAGCCGAUUUGGAACUGCACCGACGUGGAGGGCGUAUCGAGUCACGUGACGCCCACUCCCUGUGCGCAGAUUCCGGAAUAUCCAGAUCGUAUAACGCAUUGCCCCUUCCCUGAAGAUGAUCUACCUGUGAAUGGUGUUGGGCUAGAGGAGUGUGCUUAUCAGAGAGCCAAACCAUGA